AAGGCGAAUUUGAGCAGCUGCUUUAAACGGCAUUGCAGUGACAGUGUUUCCCUUCAUUGUCUGAAUCCAUCGUACCUGAAAGUUUAAAUUCAUUUGAACUUAUAUCAAACAUGCAGAAAUUGACUUUAUUUCUGGCAUUUGUGGGCCUUAUAUCUGUGUUAAUCGUGAAUGUCGAAUGUGUUUCUCCUCCAAUGUGUGGAGAUGUUUGCAAAGAACCAUGUCCUCAACUGAACUGUAAGUGUGGAACCUACAAGGAUUCUUGUGAUUGCUGCGAUAUCUGCAAAAAGUGCGCUGGUGAAAACUGUAUCGUGAUAGCAGGUGAACUCUGCGAGGAAGGAUAUACUUGUGGUGAUCCUAACAGAUCUCUGUUGGAAAUCUACAACGACCAAAACGUAAAAUGCAUUCCAGAAAAGUCUUAGGUGGCCAAAACUGAAUGAUUCAACGAAGGAUUUGUUUUAUUAUUAUUUUCUAAAAUAAAAAUAUAUGAAAAUCUC